GUGGCUUUCGCAGUCGCUUUCUUGGUUCCAAUCCAAAAAGAGUUCGGUUUCGGUCUUCUCACCAUCGGCUGUUCCUCGGGAGGAGGGGCCAGUAACAUAUGGGCCAUGCUUUUGGGAGGCGAUCUAAAUUUGAGCAUGACAAUGACUUUCAUCAGCACUCUCGCAUCUCUAGGUUAG